GCUUCGUCAUUCCUCCUGGGGCAGCCUGGCAGACCGGGUGAAGAUCAAACUGAGGGAUGUGGAGGAAUCAGACAUGGAGGUGCCAUCGUUGGGUGUGAGCGUGACAGUGUUGACCGGAACUCGAGGGAGCUGAUUGGAGCGGGUGAACGGAGGAAUGGACUUUACUAUUUUCAGGACAUCUCUUGUGCUUUUAUUUUUGGUGUCCAUAAAGGAACUGAGACUAUGACUACCUGGCACCAACGGUUGGGACAUCCUUCAGAAAGUGUUAUGAAAUGGCUUGGACCUGUUCCAUGUCAGGCUCAUUGGGAUGCUGCACUUCGUGUGGUUCGCUAUCUAAAAGGUUCUCCUGGACAGGGCAUUCUUUUGCGUGCCGAUAGUGAGCUUUCUCUUACGGGAUGGUGUGAUUCUGACUGGGCUGCUUGUCCUCUCACUCGUCGUUCUUUGUCUGGAUGGUUGGUCUUUCUUGGGCAUUCUCCUAUCUCCUGGAAAACCAAAAAGCAAUCGACUGUUUCUCGAUCUUCCGCGGAAGCAGAAUACCGGGCUAUGGCUGCCGCGACAUGUGAACUUAAAUGGCUCAAAGCUUUACUUCUUAGUCUUGGGAUUAAUCACGACGAAGCUAUUCCGUUGUUUUGUGAUAGUCAGUCUGCAUUGCAUAUUGCCAGGAAUCCAGUAUUUCACGAACGAACAAAACAUAUUGAGGUGGACUGUCACUUUAUUCGUGAUGCUAUCAAAACCGGUCUCAUUACCCCCAGCUAUGUUCCUACCACUAUGCAGCUUGCGGACAUUUUUACUAAAGCUCUUGGGAAAACUCAGUUUCACUUUCUUCUGGGCAAGUUGGGUAUUCUGGAUCCUCAUGCUCCAACUUGAGGGAGGGUAUUACGAAAGUGGG